GAGCUACUUUGGGAAUCCGGCAAUGAAGUUCCGCCGUCUCAGCAGCCAAGCCGGAGGCACCCGCCAGGGCCCAGAGCGCGCCAGCUGCUUGGCGCGCAUGUGGCACCACUUCAGCACCAGCGUCAUGGACGUGUUCCUCUACCGCGGUGUGCAGGGCAUGACCACUGGCCUGGCGCUGCUCAGCAGCCGUCGCCUCUGCCCCGUGAUCACCGAGGUUUGGGAGCCCUUUGCCCUGCUCUUGGUCUACAUGGCCUAUGCCUUGGGCUCCUGGUAUCUCUUCUCAGUGGUGUUAGGCAACCUGCUCUUCAAUGGGGCAGCACCACGCAGCAACGCGUACUACUCCACUGCCGUCACACGGUGGUUUACUGCACUCACUGCGCAGCAGCGGGUCUUCAAGCUGCCAUUUCAGGCGGCGGGCAGCCGGUGGCAAGCUCCCAUCCUGCGCCUCCUUGGCGCGCGCGUGGGGAAGCGCUUCUUUUGCAUGAAUGAGAUGGUCCUGGUGGAUGCGCCCUUCACAGAGGUGGGGGAUGACGUGACCGUGGACUACGACGGCCAAGUUCGAUGCCAUUCCUUUGAGGAUUUCCGCCUCAAGUUCACGCACUUCAAGAUCGGCCACGGAGUGACCAUCAUGACAGGUGCAAGUGUUGCCAUGUGCGAUGCCGGAGACGGAGCGACACUGCGCCCGGGCAGCCUGACUUGGAAAGGAAGCAACCUGGAGCCCGGCGGCAUCUACGAGGGCGCUCCAGCAGCUCUGGAUCUUGAGCGCGGAGGUCCCACGCUGCUGAGCAAAGCACCGAGCAUGGAGAAGAAAUGAGAGACCGUUUGUUUGCAGGCAGCCCCACAAGGAUGCCUGCUGGUUGAAUUAUGCAAAUGCUACGGAGGGACAGUGCCCCCAAAGGAAAGGUUCGAUC